CGGCUGCGACUUUCGAAGCGCCUGCCACCUGCCAUCGACGAGAUGACGACGACGGACGCUGCGCCGACCGACCGCCGCCUGCGCCUGACGCUGCAUGCGGCGAGAGACCUUGCGGCCGCCGACUACACCUUUGGCGGCAUCUCGCGCGGCAAGAGCGACCCAUAUGUGGUCCUCCGCAUUGGCGACCAGCGCUUCACGAGCAGCUGCAUUGCGUCGACGCUCAACCCGGUCUGGGGCGCCGAGGUCUUUGAGUUUGUGCUCACGCAAGACGCCAUGUACGCCAGCGCGCUCGUCGUCGAGGUGUACGACCACGACCUCUUCAACGCCGACGACCUCAUUGGCUCGACCGUCCUCGCCUUGGCCCAGUUUGAGAUGGACAAGACCAUGCGGUCUCUCGAGUGGCCGCUCGACGUGCCUGACGAAUUUAGCAGCCAGAAGGUGCACAGCGUCCUCCUCGUCACGGUCCAGGUGCUCGAGCCCUACACCGACCCGUCGCUCCAGGCCGAGAUCGUCGACGAGAUGGUCGAGACGCAAAAGUGGCGGCCGAUCUCGGGCUGGGGCCACUCCAAGAUGGAAACGACCGUCGAGCACGUGAUUCCGGCCGCGUUCACGUCGCCCGUGGGGUGGGUCAUUGCGCUCCACGAGCCGCGCCAGCAAAGCAAUAACGAAUACUGCGACGACGACCUCUGUCCCGACGGCUGGCUCUACGCCGCGUCCUGGGACGGGCCAUGGUACAAGAGCGCCAAGGGGCACCCGACGGCGCUCUGUCGGAAGCGCAAGUGGACGAAAACGUACGUGCGCACGCGCCGCGCGCUCUCGACGACGCAGCAAGACAAGACCAUCGACGCGAUUCUCGGCAAGUAUGGGCUCACCGAGGACGACGACGACGACGACAACCAGUGGCUGCACUAAGAACUCAUAUAUCGUUGGUCUAUCACA